AUGCCAGGCCACGUCUCCAUCCGCGUGUCAGACCUCGAGGCCUCGGUGCGGUUCUACCUCGCCGCGCUGGCGCCCCUGCGCUACGAGGCGACGCGCUUCGACGGCGUCGUCGGCCUCGGGCCAGCACCAGCACCUUCCACCUCCUCCGCCGCCUCCGGCACUAUCACUACGUCGACGGCCGCGGGUCCCAUCCCCGACUUUUGGCUGCGCCAGUACACGCCCGGUCCGCAAAACGGGCACGCCGCGAGGCCGACGCCCGUGCACGUCUCCUUCUACGCGGGCGAGGCGGCGCUCGUGGACGAGUUCCAUGCGGAGGGGGUGCGCGCGGGGGGGAGUGACAAUGGCGGGCCGGGGGAGAGGCCGUGGUUCAAGGGAUAUUACGCGGCGUAUGUGUUGGAUCCGGACGGCAACAACAUUGAGGUCGUGUGUUUUCUGAACCAGGCCAAAGAGUAA